CAACCAGAAACUGUGUUUAGGGUGGGGUUUCCAGUCAUCAGUCUCAGGUUUGGGGUUUUCUUCAGAUCAAGCAGGAUUAGACUGUAUAGAUGUUCAUAAAAGAGUUGAGAUUUCAGUCUCCAGAACCAGGGAGUAUAGAUGUUGACAAGAACAGAUGAGUAACCCAGCUUGCUUAGAAAAGGAAGAUUAGGAAAUUUGGGGGAUACUUUUACACUGUCCGGAGACAGGAUUUCUUUGAGCAAGUUCUUUUCCCCCAUCCUUGCUCCCUUAAGCUGUUUAUUGGAUUUCUGCAAGAAGAAGGCCACAGAGAAGGAUGGUGUUGGUUGGGGCAGUAGUUCUGAUCCUUCUCGGUGUGCUCUGCUCCAUUGUCUUUGCAUCUUUUCAAAUGUACAAGAAGAAAGGAGAGCUGCCUCCAGGACCCACUCCCUGGCCCAUCCUGGGGAACCUAUUUCAGAAGAAUAUCCUGCCUUUGUACAAAUCCUAUUCUAAGCUUGCCAAGAAGUAUGGCCCAGUCUUUACUGUGUGGAUGGGACCAAAACCUCUGGUUGUACUCUGUGGAUAUGAGGUGGUAAAAGAUGCCCUGGUGCAUCAUGCUGAAGAGUUUGGUGGGCGUCCUGAUAUCCCCUUUGAUGUGAGAGUAACGAAGGGUCAAGGAAUUCUUAGCAAGAAUGAGACCAAAUGGAGGGAGCUGCGCCGGUUCACCCUGUCCACCUUGAGGAACUUCGGGAUGGGAAAGACAGCCAUGUCCAAGAGGGUGCAGGAGGAAGCUCUCUGCUUGGGAGAGGAAAUAGCUACCACACAAGGACAGCCUUUUAACCCAAAAGGGAUCAUCAUGAAUGCAACUUCUAAUGUGAUCUGCUCUGUCAUUUUUGGUAACCGAUUUGAGUAUGGCAAUCAGACCUUCCUGAAGCAAUUGUACAUUUUGGCAAACGAAGUGGGCUACUUUCAUAGUUUCUUAGGACUGAUCUACAAUACUUUCCCCAAAAUAAUGGAUUAUUUUCCUGGGAAACACACCAAGAUUUUUGCUGAUUCUGAAAAAGUCUGUGAUUUUAUCCGUGAGAAGGUGGAAUUCCACAGGAGGACAUUGGAUCCUCAGAACCCCCGUGACUAUAUUGACUGCUUCCUUAUCAGGUCAGAGAAGAAUUCCUCAGAGGAUUUUUAUAGCAUUGAAGAUCUUGUCAUGUCUGUGUAUGUACUCUUUUUUGCUGGGACAACAACCACAAGCCAAACUUUGCUCUACAGCCUUCUGGCAAUGGCUAAAUUUCCAGAUAUUCAAGCUAAGGUGCAACAGGAGAUCAAUGAGGUGGUGGGUGCAAACCGCAGUCCAACCACGGAAGACCGGUUGAGGAUGCCUUUCACAAAUGCUGUUGUCCACGAGAUCCAACGGUAUCAGAAAGGGAGCCUUGAGAACUUUCCACGGGCAACAACUUGUGACACAAAAUUCCAUGGCUACAACAUUCCCAAGAACACGGCUGUUGUGCCAAUGCUCUCCUCUGUACAUUUUGACCCUCUCCAGUGGGAGACUCCAGAGAGGUUCAACCCAGAUCAUUUUUUGGAUGAAAAGGGCCAGUUCAGGAAGAGAGACGCUUUCAUGCCAUUCUCGGCAGGGAAGCGGGCCUGUCCAGGGGAGGCCCUGGCUCGAAUGGAGCUCUUCCUGUUCUUCAGCACUCUGCUCCAGAAGUUCACCUUCCAUAUGGCUGGGGACAGCAAAGACACAGAUAUAUGGUCUUUGUUUAUGGACUUCAGAAAUAAGAAUCAAUUCCCCCUUAUACGAGCCAUUAGAUGUUCAGAGACACUUCUGUUCAAUAAUUAGGAGAAAGAAAGAAGCAGAGAGUUUGAAAAAAAAUAUCAUUUUCAGAACUGUAGUACUAAGAAAUUCAUUCUUUCUUUAAUCACUUCUCUGAAGCAGAUUUCUGAGAGCAUUUCUGGAUAUUCAGGAAUGUUGAGGAAACAACAUCUUCUAGACUACUUUUUCUUCCUACUUAAAAUAUUGUCUAUCCCUCAAGGAUGCCCAGGAUAUGGGGUCUUCCUAGUACUAACUUGUUCAACAUGUCAGAGAAGAAAUAUACCACCACUAUCCCUUUUUAAAAAUAGAAUAUUUGUAUUAUUUUAAUUGCUAGAAUAAACAGAAAAAUAAAUCUUUUAAUUGG